GCGAGAACGCGGCAGCGCGGCGGAGCUCUCGCGAUGUCUCGCGUUUCUCGCUGCAUCACGGGGCGGGAGGCGCCGUGCGCGCGCCCCCGCCUGAGGCGGCGUUGGCGGGAGCGGCCGCGGAGCGGCGGGACCGGCCCAGGCGCGGGGUCGGGCCCCGGGGGCUGUCGGCGUGAGGGGAAACGGUGAUAUCCCAGCUCAUCCCCGCCCGUGAUGUGCGUGAAUACGUCUCACUUCAGGUGGCCCCCUGGGCCCGUCCCGUCCCUCCACGGUUGGCGGCUCCGAGCACCCCGGUGCGGCCGGUGCCACCGCGCCCUGAGGACGCCGCCACCUCCGCCCCCUCACAGCGCCGGGACUCUGCGGUGUUCCUGCACAGGAACUGCCCCAGGAGAAUGCGGGGGAAACAUCCCUGCUGCCCUCCCUGGGGAUGUGCCCGGCAGAUGAGUUUUCAUUUGCUAGUACUUCACAAGCUGCUAAUGUGAAACUUGCUGCUGCAAAGAGUGAGUGAAAAUCUGGAGACCACUCAUGCUAGUUUCACAUUUGGAGACAUCUUUUUAGCGCUGGAGGCCCCCAGACAGAAGACUUACUAAAAGAGACAAUCUUCCAAUAAAAUGCUUUUCCAGUUGUGUAAGAACAUGAAAAUUUGUAAGAACUUUCACACAGAAUUGAGUCAGAUAUAGAUGAAGUGUGAGCAAUCAUGAAAUUCCUUCAAAUGUUCAGCACUACUCAUUCGAUCUUGUGCAAGUUUGCUUAUUUUAUCAUUUGGCAAAUUUAACAGGGAUUAAUAUAACCAGUAAAGGAUUAGACAGAUUAAGGCUAAACUAUUUAAAGACAAAGCAACGUUAAUUAAACUGACUUGAGUAAUUCAGAUUAAUCAGUGAUGCUUCAGAUGGAGAAAAAGACGACAGAAAUGUGGCCAGAGACCAGAAGAACAAUUUAAAUGGCAGCUUUUGUCUUGAUUAUUGCCCUCUGCACACUUCAAAUGAAGGCAUAAUGAAGUACAGCUCACACGUGCUAAAUCGAACUUUAAAUCUCAGCACCUUUAUACAAUCGUGACAAGAAAGGGAGGGUUUCGAUGUCUUGAGUUGAAAAGGGAGUUACCUGACAGCGUUUGUGAUCAUCCUCGACUGGAAUAGAUCAGUGCCAUACCCCCGUGGGAGCGAAGGAGCGGAGAGCAACCAGCAUCGUGCUGCAGGAGGAAGGAAACUUUGACUAAAGCUGAGCUGGAAACCCCCCGUGCUCUUUGACAAUGGCUGACUGGGCCCCCAUAGCGAAGGAGUACGAUCCCCUCAAGGCUGGCAGCAUCGAUGGCACGGACGAGGAGCCCCACGACCGGGCCAUAUGGCGGGCGAUGCUGGCACGGUACGUACCCAACAAGGGCAUCACGGGAGAUCCUCACCUCACCCUCUUCGUGGCAAGGCUCAAUCUUCAGACCACAGAAGAGAAGUUAAAGGAGGUUUUUUCCCGCUAUGGAGACAUCAGAAAGAUCCGUCUGGUUCGAGACCUGGUCACGGGAUUUUCCAAGGGUUAUGCGUUUAUUGAGUACAAAGAGGAGCGCGCGCUCCUGAAGGCCCACAGGGAUGCCAACAGGCUGGUCAUCGACCAACAUGAGAUCUUUGUAGACUUUGAACUGGAAAGAACUCUCAAAGGAUGGAUUCCCCGGAGGCUUGGGGGUGGGUUUGGAGGCAAAAAAGAAUCCGGGCAGCUGCGUUUUGGAGGACGGGACAGACCUUUCCGAAAGCCCAUCAAUUUGCCAAACAUGAAAAAUGAUUUCUAUGGAGAAGGAUCAUCAGAGAAAAGAAACUGGUCUCGUGAGGGAACAAGGGACUGGAGAACAAGGGACCGGGACCAUGAGAGGAGCAGGGACAAACGCUGGCCAGAAAGGGAGAGGUCGUGGGCUUGGGGUGACAGUGAGAGAGAGAGGGACUCCAAAGAGGAGAGGAGCAGGGGGAGGGAAAGGAAGGACAGAGACAGGAAGGACAGGGAUAGAGACCGGAGCAGGGACAGGGACAGCAAGAAGCAAAGAGAUGAUGAUAAGCACCGAUAGGUGACCGUGCCUUGUCUUGGGUGUGUGUGACCUACCCUUAUGGCAGCUCACAGCAUUCCCAGAACAAGCUGUGGUGUUGCCACCUUGUGCCUGUGACUGCUGCCAGCAGCUCUCUGUAGUUUGGUUCCUAAUGCAGUUCAGAUGUGUGUUGAAUUGUUCUUUAGAGAAAAUAAACUUUUGUAU